AUGGCUACCGUUGCAGAUUCGUGGGAAGAAAUGGAUGAUGCUCGCAGAGUGGAAGAAAACCUGCGAAAGCUCAACAUUUCCGCGCGAAAAAUGGAACCAUCCCAGGGAUCCCCGGUUACCGUAGUUGUGCGAGAUGAUUGUUGCCGUACCCAGUAUCGUCCUGACGGGCCACCACAAGUUCGGAUACUCAAGCGCACCGAUGACAAAUCGGGGAGCAGCGGUUCUUCAUCACAGCAACGUACUCAUAGUUCCUCGAAGCCGAAUAAAUCCUUCCAGGAGCGGCAAGCGGAAUAUCAGGAAGCUCGAUUGAGAAUCAUGGGACGCAUUGAAGAACCGGAACCUGUUAUGACAACACCUCCACCGCCGUUGCUGCACACGUCUCAGUCCUCGCCGGCGUUGUUGCCUUAUCCCCCGCUGAAUGGAUUAGUCGGUCCUUAUCCAUUGCCUCGUGCCAACGGUGAACUUAUCAGCGUGAGAGAUGGUGCCAGAAUUUCCGUGCUUCGUCCGGGUGAAAUGUGGCCAUCUUCGCCGUUGCAACCCAUGGUUCCAUUGAUGAGAACGCCGCGGGGACCCGACGGGUCUCGGGGCUUCCGAUCCUGUAGAUAA